AUGCGUGUAUAUACUCUGUGCAGUUUUUUCGCGUCUCUCGGUGGAUUUGCGUUCGGGUUUGAUACAGGGUCCAUUGGCCCUGUGACGGUCAUGCCGCAAUUUAAGGCAAAGUUCGAUCCCAUCUCUCCGGCACUACAGGGCCUCAUUGUCUCGUCCAUUCUCAUAACGGCAUCGAUUUCUUCAAUAUUCGCUGGGCCUCUCUCGGAUCGCAUCUCUCGCACGCGUACCUUUGCACUUGGAGGCGCCGUGUUCAGCAUCGGUUCGAUUAUAUCUAGUGCAGCGUACAAUCUGCCUAUGCUAUUCGUGGGACGCUGCCUCUCGGGCAUCGGUGAGGGACUGUUCCUUUCGACGAUCACGGUGUAUAUUCUGGAGAUAGCGCCGACAAAUAUUCGAGGCAGCCUUUCAUGUACUACUCAGCUGCUUAUCACCAUGGGAAUUGCGCUAGGCUAUUUCAUUUCCUAUGGUAGUGUUCGUCUUUCGUCGUCCAUUUCCUGGCGGUUGCUCUUCAUGAUACAAGCCUCGGUCUCGUUUAUCUUUGCCUUCGGCUCUCUCUUCCUCCCGCAUUCGCCCCGCUGGCUAAAGCACGUCGGGCGCACAGAGGAAGCUGCGCAGACAUGGCUGAAGCUCGGAUUCACGGCGACAGAGGCGGAGAAGGAACAAGAAGUCCUGCAGAGGCUACAAGAUGUGGAACAGAUGCAGAUGCAAGAAUCCUCUGCUGCUGUGGGCGUGGACGCCAAGCGGGUCGGCGCGCUGGAGACGACGCGGAUGCUCUGGGACAAGGAUGUGCGAGGGCGGACCGUCCUCGGCAUCUUCUUGAUGGGAAUGCAGCAGGCAUGCGGGAUCGACGGCGUGCUCUACUAUGCUCCUGUUCUAUUCUCCCAAGCCGGACUGUCGUCCACAACGUCUGCGUUCCUCGCGUCUGGCAUAUCUGGGUUGCUCAACAUCGCCUGCACGAUCAUCACCCAAAUUUUCACAGACAACUGGGGCCGCCGUACAUUGAUGAUCCGUGGCGGCGUCGUGAUCUCAGGAACGAUGCUGCUCAUCGGGACGCUCUACGCGACUAACGCGUCUGCAACGGCAGCGGGGCGCUGGACGAUUAUCGCCCUCAUCUACAUCUUCGUCGUCGCCUUCUCCAUGAGCUGGGCCGUGGUAAACAGAAUCUACUGCUCCGAGAUCCAGCCGAUGCGCACGCGCGCGGCCGCAACGAGCCUCGGGCAGUGCGCGAACUGGACCGUGAACUGGGUCAUCGCCUUCUCAACCCCGCUAUUCCUCUCCAAGUCCUCCUCGGGCCCGUACUUCCUCUUUGGCACGUGCGCGCUCGUCACCGUGCUCGUCUGCGUGCUUUUCCAGCCUGAGUCGCGCGGCAUCUCGCUCGAGGGCCUCGAUGCGAUCUUCGAAGUCAGCCCGUGGCGCAAAUUUAUCGCGCGUCGCGCGCCCAGGAUGCACGGGAUGCACGGCGAAGAACAGAAGGGUAUUCCAUUGCGGCUUAUUGGAGCUUGA